UGUACCACCGAGUGUUCGUUCGGGGCUCCCGGCGUGGACGGAGCUGCUUCUGGCUUCCUCCUUGGACCGGGUGGCGCUCACCGGCCGCACGCCUUUCCUCUGCCGGGUCUGGUCCCUCGGAUAGUGCCGUCCGCCCCUGCCUUUAGCCGGGUCUUAGAGCACUCCUUUCUCCUGAGCGGCUGGGUGGGACUGUCCCACAUUCCAGCCCGUGUAUGAUCCGGGCGAGGCGAGCAUCUGAGCGGAGCUCAGGAAGAUGAAGCGGCUCGCCUGGGCUAAAGGAAGGCAGCCGAAUCAUUAUUUCAGCCGGCUGCGGUUCUUCCUCGCCGCUCCUUUCGGAGGUGCGUGGGAGGAAAUUCGGAUUUUCACUUAAGCAUAAGGUAUUUUUUCCAAAACUGAACUGAAUUCACAUUGCUAGCCUACACGUGACUGGUUUCCUUCAAAAUAUUCUGCCCCCACUUGAAGUCACAGUGGACAGAUAAUGGCAGAUACCGGGGAGGGGAAAAAAGAAGAAGCAGAUUAUAAGAGACUUCACAGCUUCCCACUGAUUAGGCACUCAGACAUGCCGGAAGAAAUGCGAGUUGAGGCCAUGGAAUUAUGUGUCACUGCAUGUGAGAAAUAUGCCACCAACAAUGAGAGCGCUGCCAAGAUGAUCAAAGAGACAAUGGACAAGAAAUUUGGAUCUUCCUGGCAUGUAGUGAUUGGGGAAGGGUUUGGCUUCGAAAUCACCCACGAAGUGAAGAACUUGCUGUACAUGUUCUUUGGAGGCAGUCUAGCAGUUUGUGUUUGGAAAUGUUCCUGACACAUUUUUCACUAUUGAAGCUCACUGCAAGCAGGAUACUUUUUUCCCAGACUUUUAAUUGGUUUUUGUACAAUUUAAAGGGCAGCUUUAUUUUUAAUAACAACAAAUAUUGGGCUUUUUCUUAUUUAUAUGCAAGUUUUAUGAGAUAUAUUUAGUGUGUUAUCUGUAAAUCUGUUUGAGCUACCUAAUCCAGCUCAUAAGUGUUUUGAUUCUGAUUUUACCAAUGUGUCUUCUUGCUUAGAGGUGGGAUUGUGCAAGAGCAAUUGGGUUUAUGAAGCCAUACAUUGGAGGUAGGUGUGAGAAUUUUAACCCAAGUUUGCUGCUACUUCUCCUUGCUAUCCUUCCCACUUUCUGAGAGCAGACCUGAAAAAGCAGCUUUCUUUCUGUCUGGAUGGCAGCUGCAUGGUUGAGAAACCUAAGCUGGCGGAUGGUUGCUAAAAUGAUUUGCCUCGCCACCUCACUACACCUAAAGAGCACUAAUAUAAUUUGUGGAGCAUAUGGUGCAGAAAUAGAGAAUAUUUUGCCUAGCAUGGGGAUGGGGUGGGAGUAUCAUACCAAUAUGUUCAGAAACUGGUAAUGGAAAAAACGGACCUGACCUGCCGGUUUCUUAUACUUCUAAGUACAAUUGUACUUCCAUUUUGUAGGCUGAUGCCAUCACAGAGGUGUUUGAUUAACGGAAUGAUCCUAAUUGUAUUUUCUAUAUCCCUUGUUAGAAUUUGGAAUGGAAAGGGGAUUUACUUUUUGCAAUAAAACUUUUUUAAAAUGCA